GUAAAGAUAAGGGGCACUGAGAAGAAAGGAGCACCCGAAGUUCAUAUAUCAUACCAUAAUGGAGAACAUUACUCCAGCGUGAGAAGAAUAGGAGAUGACACAGAAUCACCUGCUAGCAUCAGGUUAUCUGAACCACAAGAUAUGUCUUUUCAAAAGAAUAGGAAGCCAAAGGAUUGUAAGAAUGGUCAAAGACCCCUUACAGAGUCAGAAAGUAGCACUACAAGUACCAGCACUCAUCAGGACAGUUCUGAUUCUGUAGAUUUGACAGAUCUCGAACUUCAAGUUGUUCAGAGCACAGGGUGUCAGGACUUACAACUAGUCCGCUCAACGCUAGAAGAUAACUUAUAUGACGUUGAUGCGACUGUGGAUUGUAUCAUGAACCUAUUGGCUCUUUCAACACAACAUACUGAAGAACAUGUACCCGAUAAAUGUUUAUGGGGCCCAGAUGGAACAGGGACAAGAAUAUUUGGGGAAGAAUUAUUGACACCACUAGAAUCUCGAACCCCUUCAAAAGGCCAGUUUGUUGAAAGUGGUGUUAAGCCGAAACUUCAGCAGCCCAGAACAUCACCUAGACAAAAACCGAAGCAAGUGUCCAACAAACAGCGUCAGGAGCUGAAGAGAAAAGAAAGAAAACAGGCAAGCCAAGACAAAAAGCGUAACAAGAAUAGUCGAGUCGAACUCGAUGAUAAUGACAACGAGAUGGAAACUGUAGUAGUAAAAGAUUUAGGUCGCCUUAAUUUAUGACAGCUUUUCUGUAUUUAACUAUGUUUUGGCCUGAAAAUUGUUUUGUAUAAAAUUUAUUUAUUGAAUUCAUUGUAAAUAGCAUUGUACAGUUCAGUGCUGGACCUGUAACUCUAGAAUGUAUACAAUUUCCUUGUCUACAAGUCUUUGCAUUUUAUUGAGGAACCAUAAUAAAUUCCGAGGCCUCAAUAACACUUAAUGGCUUCAAAGAAAUGAAAUAUUAGAUAAAUUCUAAUGAAUACUCAUAGAAAAAUGUAGUGGUCCUUAUAAAUCUUGAGGUGUUUAGUUGUCAUGGAGACUCUACCAUAAAUGAUGAGGAUGCCACUUGUAGUGAAGGACCUUUUGUAUUUGUCAGCAUAUUAAGAAGAAGUAGUGUGUUAAAUCUCCUCUUUACUUGAAGUUUCUUCUUCUGUUAUGUUUUAUUUUGUGAGAUUUAAGUAAUAAGGUUUAGAAUU